CGUUGAAAAGCCAGACACUCUGUUUCUUGAAAAAGUCCCUCCACACUGAAACCCAAUGAGGGAAAGUGUGUGAUUACCAUAAAAGAAUCGAAUUGAGCUGCGAGAGGGAAAAGCAUUAUAAAAAGGGCAAAGGCUUUCGAGGGAUUUUAUAAUACGAGAGAAGCUAAAAAGCUUUGAAAAGGCUGGCUUCACUAGAACACAAGAAAAAGAUCUCUGUUUUAUCGGUUCUUUCUCGCUUUCAAGAACCGGGUUUUGAGUUUUCACACUCAAAGUUUGAAAUUUGUGGCUCUGUUCUUGGUGGGUGUGUUUUUUCUUUUCGUCUUCUGGGCGUCCUUAAAUUGCGAGAGAGGCAAUGGCUGUUGAGGACAAGAAGAGUGGUUCCGCAAACGAAGACGGGAAGGACCCGUUUCCGGUCGGUAUGCGAGUUCUGGCCGUUGAUGAUGAUGCGUCUUGCCUCAAAGUGUUGGAGGCCAUGCUUCGGAAGUGCAGAUAUCAAGUUACUACGACCAAUGAGGCAAUCGUGGCACUGAAAAUGCUAAGGGAUAAAAGGAACAAGUUUGACCUGGUGAUUAGCGAUGUGAACAUGCCUGACAUGGAUGGCUUUAAGCUUCUAGAGCUUGUGGGUCUUGAAAUGGAUCUGCCUGUCAUCAUGUUGUCUGGGCAUGGUGAUACUGAACUUGUGAUGAAGGGGAUCACUCAUGGCGCUUGUGACUAUUUGUUGAAACCCGCCAGAAUGGAGGAGCUCAAGAACAUAUGGCAACACUUAGUGAGGAGAAAAAAGUUAGAACCAAAGGAAAGAAGCAAAUUUGCCAAUGUAGUCAAGUCUUCGGAUGGAUCUGGGGAUGGAGAGCAUGGACCUGUAUCACCGAGUAAUGUUGAUCCGAAUGGAAAGCCUAACAAGAAAAGGAAGGACCAGACAGAAGACGAGGAAGAAGACAGUGAAGAGAACGGACACGAGAACGAUGACCAGUCGACCCAAAAAAAGCCUCGAGUCGUUUGGUCUGUUGAUCUGCAUCGCAAGUUUGUUUCGGCUGUUAAACAAUUAGGCUAUGAGAAGGCUGUCCCUAAGAAAAUCCUGGACUUGAUGAAUGUUGAAGGCAUUACAAGGGAAAAUGUGGCCAGUCACCUACAGAAAUAUCGGCUUUACCUGAAAAAAUUCAGUAACAACGGGGUAAGCCAGGCAGCAUUUGGAGAUUUUCAUGCAUUAGCUGGAUCAGGAAGGCUUUCUAGCACAUCUCUAUCCUCUUAUCAUGCAGGCGGGAUGCUAGGUAGGCUAAGCACACCAGCUAGUUUAGGGUUGCGGGGGAUCACAUCCUCCGGAGUGUAUCGGACAGACCAUAUGCAAAAAUUUAGAAGCUCGGUCAAUGCUGUGGGGGCUCGAACUGACAAUCCAUUUCAAAGAACUCCGACAUGUUUGGAGCUUAACCAGUUGCAGCAGGCAAAUGUAAAGGCCCAUGUAGGAGAGUUCAAUAUCGAAAGAACGAAUGCUAGUGUUGCAACUAACCUCUCAGAUACCCAAGCGGUGACUGGUGUCUCGAGCAAUUCUCUAUACACUCCAAGAAGCAUUCAGGUAUUCUUGCAGGGGAAUCAAGUACAAACCCAAGACAUUGGAGAUUUUGUAUCCGGACCCAGUUUUGUUGAUAAAAGUAGGUCAAAUGAUACGUGGCAUGCUUCCAUGCAGUUGUCUAGUUUUCCUUCUUCAAAUCCUCCGCCACUGACGGGAACAAUGAAUCUUGAUCAAAGGUCAAUGGGUACUUUGUCGGCCAGCCCGCAAUUUCGUGAAGGCCGGAUUGACUUCUCAUCAACUGGCGCAAUGUUGGGAAAUAUGGAUGAAUAUAGAGGUGACAUUCAGUGUGAUGCGGGGUUGGUUAAUACUGUUCAGAAUGUGAAUUUUGGACAAGUCCAAAGAUGGGAAGAACAAUCCCAGAAUUACAAACAAAGUCUGAGUCAAAACAGCGGAGUGAGCUGUCUAGUUCCUGCUAGUGGUUCUGCUGGUUCUGUCAGCCAUAUUAUGGGGCAAACUAAUGCACACUGCGGUCCAAAUGCUGAAGUUUCUCUGCCUAGCCUACUAAAUUCAGGAGCUCCGUCUGCCGUUUGCCAUGCCGAAGUUGAUAUAUCUUCUAUGGACUCAAUCAUAACAUCUGGUGAAAACAACUCCUUUGAGCAAAUGAAGGUGCAGGAUUGUAUCUUUGAAACUAGUUACGAGUCCUUGGAUGAGCUAAUGAAUGCCAUCAAGCGUGAACAUAAUGGAACGCCGCUGAUAGAUGCGGAUUUGGGAUUUGACCCCUAUCCACUUGGGUCAUGCAUAUAAGAAUUCUCCGCUGCUAGUUUUCUGAAGAGCUCGCAUCGUGCUGUAAUUUAGUUCUUUUUUUUUUUUCUCCUGAGUAUAGUUUUUUUCUUCUGAGUCUUCAUUGUCUAGAUGUCUGUUAUAAGUUCUGCUAAUCGCAGUUCUGCUUCGUUCAUAUUGUUUGAUCUCUGCGUUGUUCAUACCGAUAAUGAUGGCGCGAGAAAUUUGCAAUGUUCUGUUUCCAAAUGAUCAUUCUCCUUUACAUUUCUUUGCUGAUAGAUCGAGACAAUGUACAUAAUGGAAGUUUAAUUCGGCAUUGAGUCAUAUUUUUGCUUAA